UUCAAUAUCCAAAAUGUCGACUGUGAAACGAAAGUUGUUCAAAAUAUAAUAAAUUAUGAUUUAAACAUUGAUGUUAACACCAGCUCUCACAAGCUGUAAGUGAGAAGUUUACGCGAAUCAAGAUAUACGUAUAUGAUGGCAGCUGCAACUAUUUUGCCAUCGACAAGAAGCGAGUUGGACUCGUUUUUGAAGGGAGACAUCUUGGGCAAAAAAUUUCACGAAGUAUUUCAAAUAACCGAAGAACCCGUUGCUGCAAAGAAGAAACCAGAGAAGAAACCAAAGAAGUCAAAACAUAAAGGGAAAGAGAAACAGUUAAAGCGAGAUGAGAGCCAGGAGGAAGUCCCCGAGACGCCGGUCACUAACUUGGAGCUUCAUGGUAACCCAUCUCCGUUCACGGUGUACGCCCUUGUACGCCAGGCUCUGCUGGAGAAAUGCAUGAAGGAGGCCACCAAGGUGUACCAGAGGUCCAGCGCAAGUCUCUCGGACUCUGAGGCAGAGGAGGACGGGGAGGAACGUGGAAAAGACGGCGUAGUGCGCAUACCAAAGGUUGUGGGCCUGGGUCUGUUUGGCCUGUACGAGCUGGUGCGGGCGACCAGUGAAGAAUACCCGGAGCUGUGUGUGCGGGCGCUGCGGGCUCUACUGGACAUGCUGCAGGGACAGCUGCCUGAGAGCAUGAAACACGAGCCUGCUGAUGUCAUUGAGGGACUGUUCCAGCUGUUGAUGGACAUUGCCACCCACGCAGGCCCAGACAUCGUUCACGAGGGUCAGUCCCUGACCUCCCUGGCAUGCUCGGCCCUGAUCAGCCUGGUGAUAUCCCUGGGGGACACAGGCAAGCUGCUCACAGCCGUGUCUGCUCUUCUCAUGAGCACUGGCUCCAUGGCAUCACAGUAUAUCAAGGUUCCUGCUGUUCUAACGUUGCUACAGAAGAGCGUACAGGCAGUGCUGCAGGGUAAGACCCACCUGCCAGACUGGUUCUCUCACGGUGUCAAGGAGAAGUCCAGAUUGUUCUCAUUCAGACUGGAUGAGAUUCCACCAGUGACAUCACCAGGGAGUCAGGGUAUAUCUGCAGUGACCAGUGAUGGCAGAUUCCUGUACAUCCAUUGUAGACAGGGAAUGUUCCGAAUAGGAUCUGGCUAUGGGGGCACACUGAAGGGUCACAUCUAUGGGUUCCGAGAGAUGUUGCCAGCCAAGUCCACAGUAUGGCUCGGCUUUGCUGCAGGCAUGCUGCUGUGCAGGAUAGACAACUCGUCCCAGCUGUGUACAAUCAACACGGACACCCUGGAUGUGGAGAGCCUAUGUGAAAUGGACGGCAAUGGUGUGGCCCCCUGUGCCAUGUUCUGUGACGGAGCUCAUGUUGGUCAGAUAAGGGCUUCCAAAGAUGAUAGUUUUGUUGUGCGAAUGUUUGAUCCUCAUAAGUCCCCGAUGGAGGUUGUUAGUGAACUGCCCUUGAAACUCACAAGGAAAUGUGUGGAUGCAUUCGGACUGGAUAACACAGAUGGCGGAAACAAUGAAAGGAAAACAGUCUUGACCGGAUAUGAUGAGGAAAUCUCGUUUAUCUGUGCUGGAAAAGAAUUUGGCUUGGUCAGAACCGUUGGAAACAAGGUUCUGUACACGGGCAAGUCCACAGCUGUGGGGAUCAAACAGGGGGGCCCUGCCCCUGGCAAGUGGGCGGAGCUGCCCAUCACCAAGUCCCCCAAGAUCGCCCAGGUCGCCGUGGGUCACGAGGGUCAACACGCCCUCCUGGUGACAGAGGAUGGCAGUGUGUUUUUUGUAGGAACGCCCCGGCGAGGGGAGGAUGGGGAUACUAGCAUGUCCAAAGGUCGACGUCAACCAAAAGCGGUGAAGCCAAAGAAGAUGAUUCGUCUGGAGGCAAAACACGUGACACACGCGGCGUGCAAUAACGGCAGCAGUGCAGUAAUCACCAAGGAUGGAGGAGUGUAUAUGUACGGCAAGGACACUGCGCACUGUCAUCAGUCCAGUGGUCAUGUGACAGACCUCAAGGACCAAGUGGUGACCCAGAUCUGCCUGGGUAAGGCCCACGCCAUCGCGCUAACCAACAAGGGACGCAUCUACACCUUCGGCAUCAACAACAAGGGACAGUGUGGACGAGACUUCAACCCUGCUGCAAUCAAAGAUGUUGGCAGCCAGAAUGUGAAUAUGGCAGAGGAGGAGGAAGAGGUGGACAUGGAGUCAGUCAUGUGUGCACCAGGCAAACACAAGUGGAAGCUGGAUCAAUGUAUGGUGUGCUACGUGUGUGGAGAGUGUACGGGGUACGGGCUGGGCUGUAUCAACUCGGGCCGCAGGAAGGACAGGAACCCCGGCAUGCCAUGCGGGUGUGGUGCGGGUGAGGCGGGCUGUACUGAGUGUGGGGCGUGCCGGACCUGUGCUGGAGAGCAGCCUGACGGGGAUGAGGCCGACGUGGAACUCCUAGGCAAGGCAGGCAAGCCCGGGGCCUUCAAUCUCCCCAAGGACUACCUGCCCAAGGACCUGAUGCAUCUGAACAUUAUCCUCGGUGAACGCCUAGGAAGGGAAGCCAAGAAAUCAGGGCCCCUGGCUGAACUGUUUGCCAAGAUGGAACGCUCCAGGUCACAGAAGAACAAUGUGAAACUGCAGCAAAAGUUCAGAAAAGAAGCGGAUGCUGAACAGGAUGGUGAGCAGAGCAACAAGAUUGUCAGUCUGCCUCCCCAGGAGAUACCAAUAGGCACAGGGGAUGUGGCCAUACAGCAAAUAGCAUGUGGCAUGCACCAUAAUGUGUUGCUGCUACAGAACGGAGAGGUGUACACCUUCGGCAGUAACCAGUAUGGACAGCUUGGACUGGGGGACACCCUGACAAGGGGCCUACCCACCAAGGUUCCCCUUCCCAGUGUGGCCCAGCAGGUUGCAGCAGGAAGUCAGCACACGGUCAUACUGCUAGCUAAUGGGCAGGUGCUCACAUGUGGCAACUACCAGAAAGGAGCAUUGGGUCGCCAGAACAUGGAGGAAGGGGCCAAGUCCAAGAUGAGCUAUUGGUACGCCCUGCCUGGGCCUGUACCGGGAGUGGGUGCCAGGUUUGGUCGGCGUGCCAUGUGGGUGGGGGCCAGUGGUGACCAGACGUACAUGAGGAUUGAUGAGUCACUCAUUAAUGCUCACAUCCUCUCAUCCUCCAAGGUUUUUGCUAACAACACAACCAUCGGCCUAAUCCCGAUGGGUGAAGACAAUGCAGGCAUCAUGAAGUGCCUCAUGAUCAACAAGGGAGACGGCAACUGUCGCAGUUUUGGCAGCGGAGAGCAGGUUGACCUGUCAACGAAGGCCGUUUGUCUGGACCCUGUGUAUGACGUGCUCUGGAGUUUCAGUCAGGAGAGUAAUGAGGUGGAGUGUUACAACGUGAUAUCUGCGGAGGCACGUCCCCUCAAACAUGAAGACUGUGACAUCAAUGAGAUCUUUAAGCCAGAAUUUUCUGUGCCAACACGAGGCAAUGCUGAGGCUACACGGUCUCACUGUGCACUGCAUGUCUUAGGUUGCCUGGAUACAUUGACCCUGGCAAGACAGAACAAUCUGACAGUGCUGGAGGAGUCAAAGGAGAAAGCAGCCACCAGCAAGGUGUACAACAAGGACGACUUCUCCAUUGUCAACAGGUUUGAAAAUCACGGAGGUGGUUGGGGCUACUCCGGCCACUCUGUGGAGGCCAUCAGAUUCAUGUGUGACACGGACAUCCUGCUUGGGGGCUUCGGGCUGUUUGGUGGAAGGGGAGAGUACUUUGGGCGCAUCAAGCUGUAUGAGCUGGGGCCGGAGGGAGGUGACAAUGAGGGAGAUGGAGAGCUGCUGGCAGAAACAGAGGAGGUUGCCUUUGAGUGUGCAGCAAGAGAGAAGCACCCGAUGCUGUUUGAGGAGCCCCUACUGCUGCAGGCCCACAGCUGGUACGUGGCCCUGGCCAAGAUCUCUGGGCCCAGCAGUGACUGUGGAUCGAAUGGGCAGCACACGGUUACCGGCGAGGACCAGGUUGUGUUCAAGUUCAAGGGCUCCAAGAAGUCCAACAAUGGUACUGACGUGAAUGCAGGACAGAUCCCCCAGCUGCUGUAUCGCCUGCCCUCGCGUGACAAUACGACUGUCUCGAGGAAAUCUGAGUCGGCUGAGACUGCACAUAUUCUCAGCCAGGAGUUCUCAACUACAGUCUCACCAGAGAGUUUCAAGGCACUAUUGCGGCUGCUGGAUUGGAGUUGGAACACGUUCCACUCUAUCGCCCAGGACCUGGACAUGUCACACGGCAGCUCCCACCUGGGGGCCGUCACAGACCUACAGAAACUUGUGUACAUCUGCCGUGCAGCGCUCAGGCUGCUGAAGAUGUUCGUAACAGAAAUAUACCCAGACGGAACCCUUGUCAAGAAGGUCACCACAGAGACAGAAAACCUCGCUCAGUGUGUAGGUAGCACACAAGACCUGCUACGCAGAAUUCUUGCAGAGGAAUUUAACUCGGACAAAUUCAAGAUUUUUGCAUCGGAAGAACCACCAGGGGCACAGAUUGCGUCUACAUACGUGAACAGCAUACUGAACGAAUGCCACCUGACGUUCCGUCAGUGCUUCCACGCAUUCUACCCUACAGGCUCACUCAAAUGGCUGUGCCUGUGUGAUCUGCUACAGAAUCUUGAGUUGAACAUGACUAAUGCGAGUGGUUACGGCCGUCUGCUGGCAGCCAUCAUGGAGGCCAUGUGUCACCCAACCAUCAAGCUCACGUCACUCAUGCCGAUCAAUUUCGAGCCGCAGACCGAGGAGAUCCUCCGUAAGCAGUCCACCGCCAAUGUGAUGAUGGAUGACAACACCAACAGUGUGGCCAGGCUGGGAGACAUUCACCGCUUCCCGCUACUGGUCGAUCACAUGACCGAGAGGAUUGGGACCUCCGGCCUAGGUAGCAGCCACAUCACGUUCAAGGAGGUCCUGGACCGUCUGCUGUACAUUGUGUCCUACCCGGUACGACAGAGCCUCGCGCAGGACCAGACCUCAUACCCACCGGUCCUAGUGGCCAACACCUGCGCCCUCCUCUCUACCAUCGUCAGUGAACUGGCUGCCACGGCAACUGGCCUUGAGACUGAUGUAACCUCCACUACACGUCCCCUGCUGGUGACCCCUAACCGGUUCACGCGCACCAGUCAGACUGCGUACUGGAACACGGGCAAUGGUUCCCCGGACGCUAUUGAGUUCAUGGUGGACAAGCCGGGUACCGUGAUAGCCGGGAUAUGUCUGUAUGGAGGGGAGGGCUCCUAUAACUAUGAGCUGGAACUCCUUGAUGAGCAGAACCCAGGAGCCAAUAAUGAUCAGUCACAUACCCAGCGUUGGCACAGCAUUGAAACAGUGAAAGGGGCGUAUGGACCAGAUGACUGUGUCAACGAUAUCGCAGAGGUCAAGCUGGAGAGACCCAUACCUAUCAAGGAGGGUGUAAAGUACGCCCUUCGUUUGAAGAAUCACGGUCAGCAGAGGACGUUCAACGGGGACGGAGGGGUCAGCAAGGUCAAGUGUCCAGAUGGAACGACCUUCACCUUCACAGCCUGUUCCCUUAGCAACAAUGGAACCAACCAUAUGAGGGGCCAGAUACCCCAGAUACUGUACUACAGCGCGCCCCAGGAGGGAGAGCACCACCAGCAGAGCUCCAAGAACCUUGCCGAGCUGCAGGCUCGUAAGAAUGCCAUCGACAUUGUGAGUGCCAUCGCUAAGCAGGUCGUAGACCUUCUUCAGCGGGCCCAGGGUCAAAGGUCAGAGGUCAUCAAGGACACGGUGGCCGGCUCCCAGCUGUUUAGGGCCCUGCUGCCCCUGUGUCUGGCCUAUAUAGGGCCCGUGGCUUCACAGGACCCAAGGAGUGCUGUGCAGGUGAUAGGAAUUGUACAGAACAUGUUGCCCCCGUUGUCAGGGCUGGUCAGUCAGGUCUACCCAGCCCCUCCCAAACCGGACCAAGGGGAGGCAACCAAUGGGGCAGACAACCUGCACCAUUACGCAGUCCUGGAGAGUGACCACCCUUACAAACCGGCCACAGUGGCUAACUAUAAGGUGACGUUCCCAGAGAGUGUCCUGUGGAUGGUCCUGGAGUUUGAUCCCCAGUGUGGCACUGCCCAGGCUGAGGACACUCUACAGCUGUAUGUGCCUGGGUAUUACAAGGGGGAGGGGUUUGCCACGCCUACUUUCCCAGGGGCAGAGGACCAGGAGGUUGCCAAGACAGCAUACUGGCCCAUACUGAAGAAGUUCCAUGGGACAAGCACAUGGCCCAAACACUCAGUGGUGAUUCCAGGCAACGAGGUGAUAUUUUCACUGGAGACGGCCUCGGACUACGUCAAGGAUGAGAAGGCUUGUUUCUAUGGUUUCAAGUGCUUCGUGGUCGGAUAUGAGUUCAACAAUGGGCAGGAGGAGACACUAAGCCAGCUGGAGAAGGAGCUGGGCUACCUGGGAGGGAUGUGUGCCUCUUCCCUGAUGCGCAAGGACAUGGUGCUGCCCCCCGUCACCAUGGAGGAACUGGAUGACGACCUUGACAUUGUGGAGGAGGCAGCAAACAUGGUAUACACGACUCACUCCCAUCUCCUGGGUAAGGGUUUUGCGCUGUCAAGACCACCCACCAUCAACCAGGCUUUGGAGGGUAACCUGCCGUUCUGCUGGCAGAGCAAUGAGCGCUCCUUCCUCAAAGACUUUGUGUCCUGCACAUCUGGCACCAGUGGAUGUAGGCUUGCCAGAUGGCUGCAGCCAGACUCGUAUGUGGACCCUCAUCUCUGCACCAUCCAGUACUCUGAGGAGGACCUGAAGUGUAGCUGGCCCAACAUCAUCACUGUGUUCACAAAGGAUCAGUACGGGCAGCUCGUCUACUGUCCUAACCUUAAGGUGGAGGUGAAGGCAGUGCCUAUAGAUGUUGAUGGUGAUGAGUUCAAGCGCAUACGGCGCAUGAGUCGACCUGACACCAGCAAUCUGACAUUCGGAGGCAAGCGUCCGCCACCCCUCGACGCCUCUUAUGAAGUCACUGUAAAGGACAAGAAAGAUGCUUACCAUGCCAUCUGCAUGAUGAAGGCGUAUGAAGACUACUCAUUUGAGGAGCUGAGGUUUGCCGCCCCCAGUGUACCCCGCCCAAGUGAGAACAUGCUGGUUCGCUCAUGUGAGGACGGCACUUACAACGCCAACUGGACCCCUAGCAACAUUGGCUUCUACAACAUCUAUGUCAGCAUUGACGGCUUUGAGACAGGUGAUGUGCACAAGGUUGAGGUUAAAGAGCCUCCACAGGGAGUCACGCCUCCCCCACAGAACAUCAAAAGGCAGCAAAGGAAACAGAUGCGAAGGUUUGUUGCAAAGAACAGUGCUGGCCUGCGCGUGCGGACCAACCCGUCCUUGCAGAGUGAACAGAUAGGCAUUGUACAACCUGAGGGGGUUGUGUCAUUUAUGGAUGAGGUACACAAUGAUGACGGUGUGUGGCUGAGACUGAGUGGGGACAGCAUCCGUGAGUGGUGCCACAAUGGAUACACGGACGCCUGGGUACUGCAGUACAACCAGCACCUGGGCAAGACCCUCCUGGUCCCUCUCGAUGAACCCAAGCCUAUGAUCGUGGAGUUGCUGACAGAGACCAUGAGGAAGUGUCAGAUGUACAGCCCCAAACCCACCAUCACCCAGCCCCUACAGGGAGGCCCAGGCACGUACGAGGUGGUCAAGUGCGGCUCGUUCGGACACAACAUCCGCAGUCGACCCAAUCUGAAGGCAACACCAGUUGGCCGAGUAACCAUGGGCAACCAGAUCACUGUUGUGGAAGAGGUUGUGAACUCUGAGGGUACGUGGGUUAAGCUGGAUGCCGACAGUAUCGAGCAGUUCUGCCAGAACAAGGAGGGAGAGGGCUGGGCACUGGCCAAAGCCGUGGACAACACUGCCUACCUGCUGCAUGAGUCCCAGCUGGGUGCCAUGGUGCAGCCUGGAACAGUCAAGGAUCCCUUUGCUUUCAACGCCCUUCCAUCACAGGUGCAGACAAGUUUUGAGUUCAGCACCCCACGCCAGGGCUACCCAAUGUUUGGACAGGAGCAGCCCCCAGUGUUUAUGGGCAACAGGAGGACUAACUCUUACGCGUUUGGUCUCUCAGGUGCAGGUGCCCAGGGGUAUGGAAGCCAAGCCAUGCCUCCACUACCAGGGUUUGGCUACCUGCCAAACUUCCAGGCCUACCAGGAUAGUGAGACAGGACGCACAUACUCCAUGCCCGUGUCAGCCACCUACCGCCCAUAUGGCAGCCCAACCCCCAGCACCCCCUUCAAUCCCCGGAGUGGUUCUCAGCUUGUGACAACCAGGGCCCCCUCCCCUGGUUCCCCCAAGUUCUCGCGCAAGGAGAUGCAGGCUAGCGGUCUGUCACAGGAGCUCAUUGGUCCCAGCAUGAAGGACCUUGUUAAAGUUCUUGGGGAGAGUCAGGCUAACGGUAAUGGUCCCACUCCAGCCCCUAGCCCACCAUCAUCCCCUCGAAGCUCCAGUCCCCAGGCAGGGGCAGACAAGCAAGGGUCGCCCAGGUCGGGCUCCCCUAUGGCCCGGAGCGGCAGCCCUAAGCAGUCCUUCUCUCCGUCUCGGGUGAGCAUUCUGGGCUCAGGGGGCUCUGACAGCGCCCAGUUUGUAACCCCGCCCAGCAGCCCUCUCACCACCAGGAAAGGUCAGUUAAGGAAGGAGGCAUCUAUAGACCGUGUCUCAGUGUCACCCCCACCCCCAGGGCGUGUCAUCUCUGAUGUGGGGGCCAGACUGGGAUCCAGCGACACAUUGGAACCAGACCAGGAUGGGAACCUGUUCACCUUGCGCAAAGACGGCUCGGUCAGCCCAAGGUUCCCUUCACCAGCACGCUUCAGCAGCCCCCAGCAAGGCAGCUCUGGUAGAUCUAGCAGCCCCCAUCUGUCAUCCAGCCCCUCAAGGGCCCAUGCAGGAUCCCCGUCUGUAGGGGCCCAGGGUCAGGAAGGGGUCAAGGUCGCAUUCAACAUCGGGGCCACUGGCAAGGAUGACGCUGGCAGACUUUCACCGAAGAACAUUCGCAAGGAUCGUGGUCGUCAAUUGAGAACAAAACGAGACCGAGCAUCGUCGCCCUCGCAGCGAGACGUGGCACCAAUGGGUAGAGCUCGAGCAAUGUCCGCCUCCAUGGUAAUGGAUCGACCGAAACUGUACAUGAGAGAGGCAAUGUCUCCGUCUGUUGCUGAGGCACUAAGGGCGGUGUUUGCAGCGUUUCUCUGGCAUGAAGGUAUCGUGCAUGACGCCAUGGCAUGCGCUUCUUUCCUGAAGUUCAACAGCAGUUUAACAAAGGAAAUGUCUUCAUUGAGUAAAUCUAAGAAGUCAUCCGAAAAGCAGAGAAUUAGACAUGCAACCGAUUCGAGUAAAGAUCAGCCUAAAAAGAAGGAAAAUAUUAAUGAGCCUCGAGUAAGGUUUAAGUUGGAUGCAAAAGCUGCUUCCGAUGAUAAGCCGGACACCCAUUAUUCUGACUCGGAAAAGAAGAAGGAUCAAAUGAAGCUGAAAUCAGACACGAAGACCUUUGAACAUUUUGUUCUGCCUGAAAAGUCCAUACCUGCGUCAGAGCGUGAGCCCCAGCUUCCCCCGACCCUGCAGCACCUGGUCUAUUUCUGGGACGAAUUGUCGUCUGCUACACAAAGGGUCAUUGUCCAGGAGCUAGUCUACCCUGGCCCAGCCAUCGCCAUCAAGAGCAAGAAACCGGAGAAGAAAGAUGAGAAAAAAGAGAAGGAGAAACGAUCAAAGAAGAAGAAAGAGCACAAGCAGCACAUCGGUCGGGGAGAGGUCCUGUUUGGUCAAGGCAUGUUUGGCCCAGCGGGGGAGCGGGAGUCCAACUGUGAGCUGUGCAAUGGCAUGUUUCCACACCCUGUGACCUAUCACAUGCGUCAAGCCCACCCUGGCUGUGGGAGGCAUGCGGGAGGCAAGGGGUAUAACAGCGGGGGAAACUUCUGCGACGGGUGGGCAGGUAACUGUGGAGAGGGGGGUGUGGGAGGGAGCAGCUGGUAUCUCAUCUGUGACACAUGCAGGGAGAAGUACCUGAAAGAGAAACGACAGGCGCAGAAAGAGAAAGACAAGGUGAAGAAAAUGAAGAAGAAAACAAAUGCCUCACGCCAGCAGAACAUGAUGUUGCCUGUGGAUCCUCACAUAGUGUUGAAGAACAAUGCCAUGUUUCUGCUAGACCUAGCCAGUGCGUCUGGGUUCCAGCUGCCCACCCAAUCACACAAGAAGCAGUCCCCCACAAGGUCCGACCCCCUGCUGCCUAUAGUAGCUGAGGAGUACAGAGUGGACCUGAACCCUUUCCCUCAGAUCCCGUUCCAGUACCUGAUCCGACUGAGCGCUCAGAGCUCUGAUUCGGCCUUUGCGGAUGAUUUCUACAUUGAUGAAGGAGAGCGGGUGUUUGUGCGUUCCGGCUCCCUGAGCAUGCAGCAGCGCCCUGUGGCCCCUUACCGGCCCCGACUGCCCACCGAGCCCCGUCACAGCCCCCUAGCAAGAUCUGGUUCCCUGGGCAAGGAGACACGGCCCCUCUCCACCAUCAUACCUCCAUCAACAUCUAUGGAUGGCUGUAAACUGGAUGUGAAUGAAGCAAGGACAGCCAGUGACUGUGCGAGCCCCGAGUCAGACCCUGACUGGGCUGAUGACGGGAAGAAAGGCCCUUUCCAGCGCAGUGUGUCAGAGAUUGUGUCUGAUGAUGGCGGGUCCAAUGCCCAGGAUAAGGGCACUCUGGGGCGGCUGUUUGGGUCAAGACGGAGGAAUAACAGUGGUGGGGUUGGAGAUGGAGGCACGUUGCUCAAGAAGCCGUCGGCCGCAAUGACCAAGCUGAUCACGUCGGUGAAAGAGGACCGUUCUGGCAUGCCUCUGAACCACCAGGAGCGCGCACUCACACGGCCUGUCAUGGCGUUCAUAGUGCAAAGACAUGACCUGGAGGGACUGCAGCUUGCCAUGAGGCAGGCGCUUCGCAAGGCCACGUGCAGGGUGUUUGCUCUACAGGCCCUGAACUGGCUGCUGCGCAUGGUCACUCAGGCCACAUGCAUCCACGACAUCCUCUGGUUCUUUGUGUCUGCCCUCGUCCCAUUGGAUGAUGAGGUGGAGGAGGAGGAGGUCAAGGUCGCUGACAAGGUCGAGCCAGGGGGCGCUGCAGUGGCAGCACCACUUCCUGUCAACAAGGAGAAAAAAGACCCAAAGAAAGAACAGGAGGAGGUUCCAGUGUGUGACCAUCCGAUGGCAGAUAUCACCAUCGCUGGAAAGGCCGUGGACCCCCUACCUGAGACGUUCCAUAGCUUCCUACAGAGCAUAGCUGACGUCACCAUGUCCCUGCCCAUUGGAUCAGAUAUACAGCAAAUGGCGUUGCGCUGUUUCUGUAUGAAGUUCCGCCAGUCUGACCACCAGUUCCUACACGAGAGCCACGUGUUCUCCAACAUCAGUCAGAUCCUGAGCAAGUCAGACGAGCUGGCAGAGGAGGCCAAGAAUGGAGUUGUAGAUCAGUCCCACUACAAGCUGAUUGCUUUGAAGGACUUGACACCUAACGCAGAAAUCAAGGCCUCCAGUCGUCAGGCCAUGAUAGCCAGUCUCACUGACAACUCAACGGAGACAUUCUGGGAGAGUGGAGAUGAGGAUCGUAACAAGCUGAAGACCCUCACAAUCACCUGCCAGGGGGCGGCCAAUCCACGCAUCGUCUAUGUGCACAUUGAUAACACUCGGGACCUCGGGAACAAGGUCACCAAUGUCAUGUUCAGUGCUGGAGCGUCAACUGACGAUAUGAAAAAAAUUCUGCAGUUGGAGGUGGAUACUCGUCAUAUCGGAUGGAUUAAUUGCCCGAUCCCUGAGGAGGAGUGCAAGUGUCUGCAGCUGUCUCUGCGCGGGCCAGACCACAGCCUGCGUGUGCGCCAAGUCAAGGUGCUCGGAGACUCGAUCCAGCUCCCCAUCCGGCGCAGUGCAUCACUCAUCCAGCAGACAAACUGUGAGGCGGAGACUCUGAAGGUGUUUCGGCUGCUGACCUCUCAGGUGUUUGGCCGACUGAUAGACAGGCUGGACAAGCAUAGUCUGGACACGGCUGACCAGCGGGACAGUGACCCUGACCUCAAAGAGCACAUGGUUGGCAUCCUGUUCAGUCGCAGUGGAAAGCUGUCCCAUCUGCAGAAACAGGUUUGCUCGCACAUUGUGCAAGGCAUCAAGAAGGAGACUGUACGAGUCCGUGAUGAAUGGGAGACAUGUCUUCUGCUGAAACAGGACCCAUAUGAGAACAGGUCCAAUGACAUGUUCUGUUUUGAGCUGGUCAGCAUGGUGACAGCCCUGACGGGGUCAGGUGUAGGUCGGGUGUACUUGGCCCAGCAGAGUGGGCUCCUCAAGGACCUGUUCUCUCUGCUGCAUACUGCCUCGCCCCGGGUCCAGAGACAGGUUGUGUCAGUACUACGGCGCGUGUUACCAGACGUGAAGCCCCAAGCACUGGCAGCCAUAUUGGGCGUGCCCACCCUCCCACCGGUGGAGUACAGCAUCGUUAGUCUGGCCAGCAAGGACGAUGAUGAGCGCGGGUUCGACCCCCGCCGGCCCUGCAUCCUGGACGUGUUCCUGGCUUGUAUCGCCAAGGCGCUCACCGUGCAGAUGAAGGUCAAGACUGCAGGGUCACAUAAAGGGGUCACGUCUGUCACCCUCGGAGAGUGUCUGGGCAAGGAGGCGGGCAUAGAUGCGACUGACCCCAGAUGGUGGCUACGAGGCACCAUGACCAGCAGCCUGGCCAACAAUGUGGUGUCUCUCAUCCAGGACAUGGCGGUGGGCAAGCUCUCCGACACCUGGACCUCCAUCACCAAGGCCGCCAUUGCAGAGGCCAUACUGGCCCUUACCAGACUGAGUGAGGGGCUCCGGGCACCUCAGGCCUGCAGCACAACUCCUGCUCUGUGGCUUGCCCUGGCCUCCCUGUGCGUGUUGAAUCAAGACCAUGUUGAGCGCCUCACGUCCGGGGAAUGGGUAAGCUCCCCUAAUGGCACGCACGGCCAGCCCCGCCCCACUUGCGAUAACCAUGAUGACAGUGAGACACCGGCCAUCAUCAUGUGUGUAGACUGUGGCAGCAAGAACCUGUGUGCGGACUGCGACCGAUUUCUGCAUCUCAACAGGAAGAUGCGUACUCACCAGAGACAGGUGUUCAAGGAGGAAGAGGAGGCUAUCAAGGUGGACCUCCACGAGGGCUGUGGGCGCACCAAGCUGUUCUGGAUAAUGGCCCUGGCUGACUCCAAGACACUCAAAGCCAUGGUGGAGUUCAGAGAGGGAAAAGGAAAGGCUGCUGGUCCUGCAGGGAAGGCAGGGCAGGCACCUGCAGAUUCUGUGGUACCACCUCUAACACUGGCCUGUUAGCCAUGGGCAAUGUAUGCGGGGACCCGAUAUGUCAGGU